CCCGCCCUGGCGGCAGCGCCGGAACGUUUCUGCGUGGCGCGCAGUGCGCGGCGGAAGGUGUACGGCGGUGCUCCUCGCCGCCGGGCGGGCGCUUCCGGCAGAGGGCCGUGUCGGCGGACCCGGGAGGCGAAUAUAAAAUAUAUUACAUCUUUAAAAAAAAAUGGAUGAAGAGCCUGAAAGAACCAAGCGGUGGGAAGGAGGCUAUGAGAGAACAUGGGAGAUUCUUAAAGAAGAUGAAUCUGGAUCACUAAAAGCCACAAUAGAAGACAUUCUUUUCAAGGCAAAGAGGAAAAGAGUAUUUGAGCACCAUGGACAAGUACGACUGGGAAUGAUGCGCCACCUUUAUGUGGUGGUAGAUGGAUCAAGAACAAUGGAAGACCAAGAUUUAAAGCCUAAUAGACUGACAUGUACUUUAAAGUUAUUGGAAUACUUUGUGGAGGAAUAUUUUGAUCAAAAUCCUAUUAGUCAGAUUGGAAUAAUUGUUACAAAGAGUAAAAGAGCUGAAAAACUGACUGAACUCUCAGGAAACCCAAGAAAACAUAUAACGUCUCUGAAGAAAGCUGUUGAUAUGACCUGCCAUGGAGAACCAUCUCUUUAUAAUUCCUUAAGUAUGGCCAUGCAAACUCUAAAACACAUGCCAGGACAUACAAGUCGAGAAGUCCUAAUCAUCUUUAGCAGCCUUACAACUUGCGACCCAUCAAACAUUUAUGAUCUAAUCAAGACCCUAAAGGCAGCUAAAAUUAGAGUGUCUGUUAUUGGACUGUCUGCAGAGGUUCGAGUGUGCACUGUACUUGCUCGUGAAACUGGUGGCACGUACCACGUUAUUUUGGAUGAAAGCCAUUACAAGGAACUGCUGACACAUCAUGUUAGCCCACCUCCUGCCAGCUCGAGUUCUGAAUGCUCACUUAUUCGGAUGGGAUUUCCCCAGCACACCAUUGCUUCUCUGUCUGAUCAAGAUGCGAAACCCUCUUUCAGCAUGGCGCAUUUGGACAGCAGUACUGAGCCAGGGCUCACAUUAGGAGGUUAUUUCUGCCCACAGUGUCGGGCCAAGUACUGUGAGCUUCCUGUUGAGUGUAAAAUCUGUGAUUUUGCUAUGGCUGUCAGGGGGAAUUGAAAGACCAACAUGUCUAUGUUUGCUCUGCGUGCCAGAAUGUCUUCUGUGUGGACUGUGAUGUUUUCGUUCAUGACUCUCUCCACUGUUGUCCUGGCUGUAUUCAUAAACUUCCAGCUCCUUCAGUGGCCAGCUUCGUGACAGGCUAUGAAGAGAUAUUGGAGUCUUUCAGCAAAUGUGAAUUUCUUCAAAGUAAGAAGACUUCAGAAGAAAUUAUCCAGUAUAUUCAAAGCUACGAGGGAAUUGUUGACAUGACGCUUAUGGCAAUGACAGCGUCUUUGCUAAUGAAGACCUCCGGCGGGAUUCCUUUAAGAACUGGCCCCACAAGUCACCUGUGGGGGCUGCGGCUCUGGCCCGAGCGGGUCUUUUCUACACAGGCUUACGCAUCACGGCUUUAUGGUGGAGUCUUGAAACUGGAUGAUACCCUGUAUCAGGAUGGGAAAGUUUUCUUCUGUUCCUAGAGUGUUGGGAGUUGUUACCAUGAAAGAGUCUUAGAAUUUGUCAAAAUUCCUUAUGUAUAUUGAAAUGUUUGGGGCUGGCACUGUGGCGUAGUGAGUAAAGCUGCCACCUGCAGUGCCGGCAUCCCAUAUGGGCACCAGUUCAAGUCCUGGCAGCUCCACUUCUGAUCCAGCUCUCUGCUAUGGUCUGGGAAAGCAGUAGAAGAUGGACCAACUUCUUGGGACCCUGCAACAGAGUGGGAGACCUGGAAGAAGCUGCUGGCUCCUGGAUCAGCACAGCUGCGGCCAUUGCAGCCAAUUGGGAAGUGAACUGGCGAAUGGAAGACCUCUCUGUUUCUCUCUCUCUGCUUCUCCUUCUCUCUCUGUGUAACUCUGACUUUCA